UUCCUUUCCAAGCCGAGCAGAUCAGCGAGCAGAAAGCGCUCCGUCGUCGACACACCAUACAGUUCGUAGGCGGCCAAGUCAAAAAAAUCAUUUUUCUGUCAAACAGUGCGCGAUUAUUUCUUUCCGAAAUUUUCUCCGAAAAGAGAACAAAUCAACCUUUUGUUAUGUGCAAACAAUUAAACAUUUAAACAAUUAAUAGCGCUUCUAACGACCUUGAAAGUUCUCUCACGCGAAGUGCCACCACAGAUCAGUGAUUAGAAAAGACGACGAAAAAAUGGAAUUCAAAUUUGCGGUAAACGACGUUUUCAAACAACCAAUUGUCAAAAUCGGCAAUAAUUUACUGCCUCCGGGAUUCACCGGAGACCGCAGAGCCUUCUGGGACGUUGUUGGGAAAGUUUCAGAAGUGGUGAAUGCUAUGGGAGAAGCUUCAGCUGCAGCUCAAGGACUCACAAAACCGAUAACGACAGCUGAAAGACUGCGAAAUUCUGAACAUUCGGUCUAUCUGCUCAUCGAUCAGAAUGCCGGAAAUGGCCGUGGUGCAGUAACCGGCAUGUUGAAAACAGGCAUGAAAGGUCUUUACGUGUUUGAUAGAAACGGCCAACAUUAUCAAGUAUCUCCACCGUGCGUGUUGGACUUUUACGUCCACGAAUCUCGCCAACGCACCGGUCUGGGAAAACGAUUAUUCGAACACAUGCUUCAGACGGAAAGUAUCGAACCGGUGAAAAUGGCCAUCGACCGACCAAGUGAAAAAUUUCUUGGUUUUCUCAACAAACACUACUCGUUGAAUAAUCCCGUCAAACAGAUGAAUAAUUAUGUGGUUUUUGAUGGAUUUUUUCCAGGCGCUCAAGACAAAAACGGUACCGUGGAGUCACACAGUAGUCACAGUAACACUCCCGUUGGGAAAAAACAAUCAGCUAACGGCUUACAAACAUCAACUUAUGCAUCACCUUUGGGGCGGUAUGGGGCCCCUAGGCCACCCUGCAGUAUGGGGCAGAUAAUACACAACCAGACUUCAACCAUAGCAAAAACACCAGAACCGACAGGGGUUAGAUCAGCUCCCGAAACUAAUUACCAAAGUGUAACAACAAACAGUCCGAAUAUAUCACAAAGUACCCCCAAUAUGUAUUAUCAAAAGUAUGACGGCUUGGCUCCAAAUGCCGAACAAAUGCAAUACUACCAGCAGCAGCAACAAAGUAAUAAUGUUUGGCAGCAAAAUUGUGUACAAAAUGUACCACAAAACCAACAAAUUCCAUCACAAAAUGUACAACAAAAUUAUCAAAUUCCACCUCAAAAUGUACAAGAGACAUCACAAAAUGUACAACAAGGUUAUCAAAUGACGUUACAGAAUGUACAAGACACAGCACAAAGUGUACAACAAAUCUAUCAAACUCCACCACAAAAUAUACAAGAAAAUUAUCAAAUUCCAUCACAAAAUGUACAAGAAACAUCACAAAAUGUACAACAAGGUUAUCAAAUGCCAUCACAUUAUGUACAAGCCCCGUCACAAAAUUAUCAAAUCCCAUCACAAAAUGUACAAGCCACUUCACAAAAUGUACAACAAAGUUAUAAUAUGCCAUCAUAUAAUGUACAAGCCCCGUCACAAUCUGUACAAGCCACAUCACAAAGUGUACAACAAACUUAUUACAUGCCAUCACAAAAUGUACAAGAUUAUCAAAUUCCAUCACAAAAUGUACAAGACAGCCAAUAUGUUGUUCAUGCUCAACAAAAUGUGACACAACCACAAUUAUUGCAGCCUAUGCCACAACCUAUGUCACAAAUAAUUCAACAGCCAAUGUCACAACCUGUUUUACAUCAAGCAUCACAACCAAUAAUCCAGGCCACAUCACAACCUGUAAUUCAAUCUGUCCCACAAGAAACAACAAAAGUUAGCUCUGUACCACACAUGUCACAACCUACUUUGUUGCCACCUCAAUACUCGCAAAGCCAACUUGCUCAAAACCAAAAUAUGGAACAAACCCAACCAAAUGUACAAAAUGUUCACCAAAUUCGACCACAAGCGAAUAUUUACACUUUGCCUUCGUCAGAAUAUCAAAUGCAAUACACAGGUCAACAAAAUAAUGAUACAUCACAACCACCACAACAAAAUGUUAGUAAAACACAAAUGAAACCAAUCGAAAAUGAAGCACAAAAUCAACAAGUCGAUAAUUUAAACGGAAAUGAAACGACUGAUCAAUCGGCGAUGGUUAAUGGUGGAAAAGGCGAUAUGGCAAAUCCUGUUAGUGACGAAAGUGGUUUACGCUAUGGAUAUCCACCACAAGUGAACGAACCAAUGAGACAAGCCUCAAUGAAGAUGAUUAGUGUUAAGGGUCGUUAAUUAAUCCCAAAUUCCCUGUCCUUGAAUUCCCAGCGCCAAAAUUUAAAGUCUCACGUUUGACAAAGGGCACAAAUAGCCUCACAGUAAAAUAAGUUUCUAGAAAAAUGUAUGCAAUAUUCCAGUGAAACCCAAGUAAUGGACGAAAAAGUCAAUUCUUCGCCAAAAUUAGAACGUCCCCGAUCUCUUUCGAUACAGCCAAGUGACGAACCGACCGAAGAUAAUAAUCAAAACGAAAAUGAUGUAGAAAGUGAGGUACUUGAAGAA